CGCCCUUCCGUCGCGUCAUCGCCCUCCCCUCCCUCAACCCGCCAACCUCGCAAGCCGAUAACCAAGAGGUCUACACCGACAACAUGAGGGCGAGUUCGGCCUACCCCCAGGUGUCCAACCGGCAGUACGUGAAAUUUGUGGCGAUCGUAGUUUGUGUCUGUUUUCUGUUUGCCUUCUUCGCGGACAGGCCACCCACCCUGAACGAUGAGGGUGUGCCCCCCAUGCCGGGUACGGACAUCAAUCUGCGCGGAGGGCAAGACGGUGCUCUUCCUGGUGCUGCGAGCGGAGGCUCGGCGAAGCUCAGCGACCUGAUUGCGGUGGGUCUGGGACUUACGGAACUGGCUUCUCAGGAAAUCAAAGACGUCAAGGCCGCAGGGGCGGAAGAGCUGAGGGUAAAGGGUCUCACAAAGGAAGGAGUGGAAGAGCCGGUCACGGUGGCUGACACCAACUCCAACAGCGUGUUCGUGAACGGAUACAGACACUUCUUUCCAGGGGUCCAGAUGCUCUCUGAAGAGACUGAGCCCGAGAUGGCUGACACCAAGCUUUUCAACCCAGCUCUCCCCGCAGGACUCACGCUGGAGUCGAACCCCAGCCUGGAUCUGUCGGAGGUUCUGGUCAUUGUCGAUCCCCUAGACGCCACCAAGGAAUUCGGCGAGGACCUGUUGGAGUAUGUCACGACGAUGGUGUGCGUCGUGUACCAGGGAGAACCCAUCGCAGGAAUCAUCAACCAGGUGUUCGAAGCAGACAAGCCGCCAGUUGUGGGCGUGAUUCCGCUCCAGCCUGGGGACCAGGGUGUGCUCUUCAACAGAGUCAAGCAGGACCCGGUUGGUGAAGCUGCGCAUACGGUGACCAUUUCCCGCUCCCACACGGGGGAGGGGGGUAACGUGGUUGAGAAGUACUUGGAGGGGCACCAGACGCUGCUGGCAGGGGGGGCGGGGUACAAAUCGCUCUUGGUUUUGGACGGGAAGGCGGAGGCGUACGUUCACGUAACGGCUAUCAAGUCAUGGGACGUGUGUGCGGCAGAGGCGGUGAUGAAGGCCAGCGGCGGGGGGUUCAGCGAUAUUGAGGGGAAGCAACUGGCAUAUCCCAUGGAAUAUGACAGUACGCACUCCCAGGCUCUGUUCAAGAACGGCAUCAUCGCUACCGCCUCGAAAGAGCAGCAGGACUUCUUCGUCACCAAGCUGGACGGAAACCUCUCCUGAGAACGUUUGGCGUGUAUCUGCUGUAGCUCCCUCGUCAACUCGUGUACUGCAGCAGCUCGCGGCGACAUCUCCAAGCUCGAAAUGUGACACCGCCUGAGGUUUUGUGUGUGACAGGGCCUCCCCCCUCCGUCGCUUGGCGAUGAUGUCAAUGUGAUACUGCUGCAGCCGUUCACCCGGUGUCGGUUUUCUUUUUUUCUCGUCGCUUGUGAGGACGGUGUUGUCACGUCUGGAUCCUCGUUGGUUUUGUGGUUCGUGCUUGCCAGGUAUCAGUCAACUUGUCGCUUUCGUAGUUCUGGGAUAGCGAAAUCACAAGCUCAAUGUUAUUUUUGUCUUGGUUGGAUUGACUGCCCUGGGACCGGUGCGAUGGUUUUAGCCUCGGCCGCGCCAAUAAUUUUGCUUGUGUGUUUUCACCCUCCUCGCUCUUUUUGUGUGUCGGGUUGUUGUUGUUGUUUCCAACGUCGAAGUCUUGAGCGAAGGCUAUCGUCGCGUCGCCUCCUUUGUCGCGGCCGUUGGUCACGCGAGUGUAGUCCUUGUACCUAUGUACGUCUCUUGUUUUGUUCUUCCUCAGAAAUGGAAACUAGUCUGAAUAGUGGUCUAAAACAUAAAAUAUUAACAUUUGAAGCGUGUAACCCGUGCCCAUGGGAGGCGUCCUCGUCAGUCGGACCAAUACGGAAGGUACUGAGCAGAGAGAUGGGAACUAUUUUAGAUGUCAAGACAACAACGAACGGUGGUUGUGCUGAAAUUUUGCCGGAGGUGACGGUGAAUGAAUUAGAGGCCAGGCACUGCUGUGGAGUUGUGGAGCACUCCGCACGGAUAAAAAAAUGAUCGACAUGAUGAAUGAGAUGCCAGUCGGAGGUAUGACCACGCACCCUUGGGCGUUACGUUGUUUGUCUCGAGUUACGUGCGCCCAUUGAAUCACAGGAUGCAUGCAUACAGAUAGAAGAGGGUGGUUUCUGAUGUUUGCAGAGAUAGUUAUUCCCCUGCUUGGGUACGGAGUUGCCACGGCAGGGUGGUUUGUACUUGGUGUGUCAGCACAAUGGCGGAUCAUGUGGAACACGAGCAUCCAUCCGCACGUGGUGAUACUACGGCAUCUAGGUGUCUCGAGUACCAGUUGGAACACACAAGUAGGUGCGUCUCGAUCCACCAGCCAGUACCCUUCGCACCGAUAUCGAUUUAGUAGUAAAGAUGUUGGGUAAGUAAGCAUGCAUGACAGGGUCUGCGACGUUGGGUUAGGGAUAGGGUCUGCGUACCCCUCUCCCUGUGGUAUUUCCUCCAUCAACUUUGUAUCUCGCCAAGGCGGUCCCGAUCGACGGGGAGGGACGCACACCGGGGGGAGGCCCAACAUGUUGGGUGUUCGUUAGCGACUCCCUCGUUUAUCUUCUGUACGUGCAAACGAAAAGGAUUUCGUGCGUUUUUUCCAACGGCCGUCGUGAGGAUUUCGAUAGACAUGCAUCAUCUGUCGGACUCGCGAUUAGAAGAGUCUUCGACGCCAAAGGACACUCAAUGAAGCCCGUUUUGCCCCUUUAUUCGGAAUAGAGUCAGUCCUGAUGGUGUGAAUCAUCAGUCAGUUGCUAAUCUACACGGACUAGUUCACAUGACGGCCCAAAAGAAG